UUUGUACUAACAUUCAUUUCCAUUAUUUUUCAGAUAUGUCGCGAGCACUCAAAAGAAAACACAUCAUGAGGGAAGUUUAUGAUUAUAGCCCACCCACCGAAAACCAACAAAUAGUAAAAAUAACAGAGAGCAAAGGCAAUAAUCUUCACGAGAUAGAAACCCCAGAUAAAACCAGGUUUCUCGUAUCCAUGCCAGUGAGAUACCGUAACUACAUGUGGGUUAAACGUGGUAGUUUUGUCAUUAUACAACCUAUCGAGGAGGGCGUUAAGGUGAAAGGUGAGAUUGUCAGGGUUUUAACCAGUGAGCAUAUAAAGUAUUUUAAAGAAGAUAAAAUAUGGCCGGCUGCUUUCUACGACAAAAGAGAAUUGGAGGAGAGUGAUAAUGAUGAUGGCAGCGACGAUGAUAUUCCAGUGAAUCCAAACCGAAUACAAGCCAUGAUUGAAGAAUCCAGUGACAGUGAUUCAAGUGACAAUGAUUCCAGUGAUAAUGAUAAAAGUGACAAUGAUCAAAAUGAAGAUGAUAAAAGUGAAGGUGAAACGUAAUCACCAACUCGUGAACUGGUGUACAAUAUGUAAAUAGAUUAAGGAUUUUCUAUUAAAUGUUUUUCUAAAAAUCUCCAAA